GGAGCAUGCUAGUGGCCUCAGCUUUGAAGAGCUUUACAUGUUUUUCAAUCUUUGGCCACCAGCAUGAUGAUAUCAGAGGACGAGGAUGAGAGCUUGGCUCAAUUCCUCAAAACAGAGGUGCUCUUCGAGGUCUCCAACUAGCGUGAUGAAGAGGACAUGGUGGAUCUUGGUAGAAUCUGCCCGGUUGAGUUCAAGGAGUACUAUGUCCAAAUACAAGCUGCCAAAAGAAGCCAAGCACCUCUUUCGUCACAGUUUGCUACAGGGAUAAAGAAGGAAAUUGGAGCAUUGCAAUUAGAAGAAGUUGCUGAGAUAAAGAGAACUGGUAAAACAGGAAAUGAGGCAGCAACUAAAAUACUGGCCAAGCAGCUAAUCAGGCUUAGGCAACAUAUAUCUAACUUGCAAGGAAGUAGGGCUCAAAUGAGAGCAAUAACAACUCAUACACAGGCAAUGCACGCCCAGUCAUCAGUUGUUGUUGGCAUGAAAGGUGCUAGUAAGGCAAUGGUAGCUAUGAAUAAGGUUAAUGAUGCUGUUCUUACAGUGGAUAAUACAUUUUUCCUGUUCUUUAGAUACCACCCUCCAAACGAUUACAUGUAUAUCAGAGAUGACCCAUCUAUCUUAUAUCAACAUUUUGACAGUGAAUUGUUGUAUUUACUUAAGAGUGCUGGGUUGAAAGCUUUGUGCAAUGGUUGCCAGUAG